AUCUCAGUCAGGGUCAAAGCAGGAACAGUAUCGGUCUUGGUCUGGGCUGUCCUACCCACAACAAAACCAACAACAACAUUGCAGCCCUCAUAACGCCAACAUCAACACGCUAACACACCAUUGAAGGAGGUAACAACAACCAGGGAUAAGUGAAGGGGAGGAGAAGGACCUGUGUGAAGCUAAAUAAGUGGGAGAAUGGCAAUGAUAUAGAGGCAGACAUCCCCCCAGCGUGGCCGGCGAGGAGCAGCUGAUCGAGUGUUGCGUCACGCGGGGCUCUCUCUAACCUGUCAGCUGGACCCCCUCACGCUGCGAUGGCCAAGCACUUAGCCCAAGUAGUGAUUGCUGGCUUGCAGGUGGUGGGGCGUGCCUUCGCCAGGGCCUUGAAGCAGGAGAUAGCCGCGAGCCAGCAGGCAGCACAGAGGGCAGGUGGUGGGGCAGCUGGGGCACGGCACUCAGCAACCAAUCAGAAGCUGGGCAUGACACUGGAGGAGGCCAAGCAGAUCCUUAACGUGGAAGAGCUGACCGAGGAGAAGAUCCAGAAGAAUUAUGAGUAUUUGUUCAGCAUCAAUGACAAGAGUAAGGGUGGGUCUUUCUACGUCCAGAGCAAGGUGUUUCGUGCUAAGGAGCGGUUGGACAAAGAGCUGGAGGAUGUUGUGGCAGCCAAGCAAAAGCAGCAGCAUCAGGAGGCCACUCAGGAUAGUAAAACCUGAGGCUUGCUGUCACCCAUAUUGCCUCAACCAUUGUGAUACUAACCUCAGCAGCAGCCCAGCCAGGGAGCCAAGCCAUGUAGCCGAGAUACACCAUUGCCAAAAAAAUAAUUAGGCCUUUCAACGCAAAAAAUAAUACUGACUAACUUACAAUGACAGUUCAGAUUCCUCUUGCAAAAAUGCAGAAACUAUAUGAAAACUUACACUGAGAUAAAGUUCAAUCCACAGAUAAUUAAUAAAUAAUUAAACAAUAGCAAUCAUCCUCCUAGGAAUGUAAUUGUUAGGGUUUGUGCUGUAUAAAGUUGUUAGGAAACAUUUACGUGGAAAGUGAUGAAUGAGAAGAUUGUCUGUAGAGUGACGAGAACUUGUCGUGUAUCACACUACACUACUUCCAGUGCUGGUGUUUGUAAAUAAGAAUUUCUUUGUUAA